AUGGAUCUAUCAACUGCCUCACAAGUCCCACCAUCAUCAACUUCUUCUGCCCCAAACAUCAAAGUACAAGCGCUCGAACUUGCUCAACUCCCCAAAUUCCACCGCAAGUUUACUUCUCCAGGGACUAGUACUCACGGCGAGUUGCAAGUAUCGUACUCAAUUGCCGGACCAGACAUCGGAGACGAUGCCCCAACGAUUUUGUUCUGUGGUGGCAUGUUUGGUAUGAGGUGGAUGGCUGUCACGCAGAACUGGUUUGCAGAACAGAAUGGUGUCAGGAUGAUAUUCAUCGACAGACCAGGCUUUGGAGACAGCACACCAGUCUCCAUCUCUCGACGCAUCUCUAUCUUCCUCGAGACCGUAAUCGCUCUUCUCGCCGAAUUGCAGAUCCCACACAUCGCCAUAGCAGCCCAAAGCGCCGGGACAAUCUACGCACUUAACCUCAUCGCCCACCAUCCCGACCUCCUCUCCCCGUCGCAUCCCACCCUGACGCUCUUCUCGCCUUGGGUCCACCAAUCCAUCUCCGGCAACCUGGGGUUCAAGGCCGCCGCCAAGCUCCCCGACAUCAGUCUCGAUUACUGGAACACUCUCGUCGGCGGCAUCAUCACGAAAGGCGGUCCGGCCUUGAACCACAGCUCGGGCAUCCUGACGUCCGCGACCAAGAUGUUCACGGGGGGUGGCAACGGCAGCCCAGUGUCGUCGGAGGGGCUGGUGCGAGCGGCGCAGGAGAAGAGGUGCAGAGAGAGGUAUGGCAUCAGCCUGGAUCUUAAAGCCGAGCUGGUCUCCACUUCCAACGCAUUGUGCUGGGGGGAAUCCACCGUGGGCGGCAACGACGAGGCGAGGAUCUGCCUCAAAAGCUGUCCCGGGACGGGCUGGGACCGCUGCGAGGUCUACCCGACCUUCGUACAAGACCUCAAGCUCGAGUGGGGGGAUCGUGCCGCGAGGAGUGGGCACAAGCUCAAAAUCAGGAUCGCGUUCGGGGAGGGCGAGGAUUCGAUGGUGGGCUGGAAGGGGAUGCGGUAUUUCGAGGACUGUUUCGCAAAGGAGAAGUUGGGGAGGGGGAUCGAGGUUGAGAAGGUGGUACAGAAGGGUGCGGAUCAUGAUUCGAUCGUGGGUCCUGGUUUUGAUGAGAUUCUGAGGCUGUUUGAGAGGGUUAAGGAGGGAUGGAAGAAGGACAGAGACUGA